ACUGCCGCUAGUCAUGUGGAAAGUGACAAAUAUAAAACGACAACAGAAACAGGAACCUGAGUGUGCAGGUGUUUAAGGUCAUGGCCUCAAGACGAGAACAUGCCUGUACUUGAAUACACCACGGAAGUUCCGGUCAAUUAGAUCACCUUACCUUUUCACUGUGACGACGGGGAAACUUAGUACAGCUACGCAGUUCAUUCUGAGACACUGAGUGGGUAAGGACAACCGCUCCACGGAUCGUAAGACUUUAUCUGCCACUUUUGUUGUCGAACGAGAGGGACGAUGGCCACUGGUGUUCAGAACAAGAUUGCUGCAAGGCAACUUCUAGGACUUCGCAUGCCCAUGACAACAGUGAUGCUGUUUACUGGACUUCUGCUGAUCCUGCUCCAACCGACGGCGUCACAGCCAGAGCCAUCCCUUUUGGCCAUGCUGACAGACACGAAAGGCGGUUCAAGCAAGAUUGACGACACCGCACGUGAAGCUCUGGUGGAUGGAGGACAUGUCCGUGUGGCACGUUCCCGGCCACUCGGACUUGCUGGUCGGCCCGUAUGCGUAAGCUGCCCCUGCGUGAGGUACUGCUGGUGGUGGAAUCGCCACGUCUGUUGCAAGCGCAAAUGUAUUAUUUUGGUGUGCUAAAUACAACGAGUGUGUCACUCCCGUGUUGUGUUGUAAUACUCUACGUAAGUUGUGCUGUAUUGAGUAUUAAAAUCAUUUAUUUGUUUCGCAUAACUGGUAAACCGCCUUUAGGCGUAACACACCAGUUGUACAAUGUGCGUACAAAAGUGUGCACCUUGCUUCGCUUUUACACUACUUAAUACACAGCAAUACUACUGCUUGUGAUUUUUUAUUAGCUUGUGAAAAAAUGUGCGUGUUUAAUGUUGGCAGCCAAUUUCUGUAAUAUCACUUCAUCUAUUCGGCUUUCUGGUUGUGAUCUGUUCUGAUAUAUUCAUGUCAUAAUAAACCAUUCUACACACUCCACGAACAA